AUGGUUGCCAUCGAACGCGUCGGAUAUGUUUAUCCAUCAGUACAUCUUCAAGAAAUGCUCUCACUUGCACAAAAGCCAACACCAUUGGCAACACCAACGCCAACACAAUAUAACAACGUAGCAUAUAAUGAUUCCGUUGCUCGUGUUAUGAAUGGUAGUUCAACACAAAAAAUUACACCGGAGCAAUUCGGCCUUGCUAACAAUCCAUCAUUACAAUUUUCAACACCCGGCGGUGGCUUUGUUCAAGUAUUUGGUCCAUUGAAAACACCUGGCAACGAUAAAUUCUUUCAUGAUCCCAAUCCAGUUGUCAUUCAAAAACAAUCAAAACCAAUUACAUACGUGCAGAAAAUCAAUUUAGCUUAUUAUAAACCACCUGCACCACCAGCACCAGGUCCAGUUAUUAUUAAAGAAGUACGACCACCACAGGCACCAGUUCCCCCACCACUCUAUGUUCGCAUACAACCACCACCACCACAAGAGCAAGCACCACUAGUCAUUCGUGAAGCUCCACCACCACGUCCUAAACAAAUUCCAACAACGCAUUUAACAAAAAUGUUACCACCAAUUCCUACUCCACCACCAAAUGUUCAAGUACGUAAUGCUCCUAAUCAAGCAACACUUGAACAAACUUUGAAUAACUUGGGUCUGACAUCAAUGUUACAAUAG